CUAGCACUUUUUUUUUUUUUUUCAGCUGUUAAGAAAUUAAAAUGGAUAUUAACGUUACCGAAAAAGUAAUUCAGACAAAGGAUCUCGUGAUUGAAGAGAAACAAACAACGAUUGUACCAGCACCUAUUCCAGAAAAGAGUGCUUGGAACGUCACUGUCGAAGUAACCGAGAAAAUAUCCGAAGUAGUUGCUGACUGGCCUGCACCCAAGGAAGCUGCAGUGGAGACAGAAGACACAAACGAAAAGGAUAAAUUUGUAGAAACUAAAGUAAAGAAUAAAGGUCAAUGGAAACCCUUCACACCUACACUUGUUCAUGCCUCUACCGGUAGUCCUCGUGUUCCCGCUGCUAAUGCUCGCAAGAACAUUCGUCGUACUUCUGAACGUAAAGAGAUGAAGAAACCUGCCACUGUAAACGGUGCUCGUCGUGUCUCCAAGUCCAAAGACACCACAGCUGCUCCUGCUGCUGCUAAUGCUGCUGCUACUACUUCUGCUGCUGCUGCUACUGCCACGGCUGAGACACCUGUCAAGUCAGAUACAAAAGAAGAAGACAAGAAACCUAAAGCUCGCUCUGUUCGUCCCAAAUCUAACUACCGUUCUGGUGCACGCAAGACACCUGCCUUUAUCAAUAUUGAUGAAGACACUUUAAAGAUGUACAUUAUGCAACAAAUUGAGUACUACUUUAGUAUCGAUAAUUUGUGCAAGGAUAUCUUUUUGCGUCAGCAAAUGGAUGCUAAUGGAUUUGUUGAUUUAUCGUUUAUUGCCAAUUUCAACCGAGUCAAGGGUUUAACAACUGACAUCAAGUUAAUUCGUGAAGCGUUAGACAAUAGCCAGAUCUUGGAGGUAAAAGGUGACAAGUUACGAAAGAGAGAAGGAUGGGAGACAUGGUUGAUGCCUGCUGUCAUUCCUGGUCCUACACCUGUGACACCUGUUGUUCCCAAAACCACGACAACGGCAGCCCAAGUAGCUAAACAAAACGCACCCCCUAACCCUCAACCCACGUUAGCUUCUUUAGCAGGUACUACUUUACUCCCUGCUGUUGUUCCCAAGUUAAAGAACAAUACGAGUCAACCCAAACCCAAACCUAAAGAAGAAGAUGACUUGUUUGAUUUUGAUGAUGAUUGGACUGAUGGUAGCCGUAGUGAUACAGUCAAAAAAUACUACCUUUCAGAUGAAGAAGAUGAGGAUGAGGAUGAUCUUGAGAUGGAUGAUGAUACAGUUGCACGUAUUAUGAUUGUCACCCAACGUAAACAAGAUCGCUCUCACACGAAUUUUAACCGAGCCAAGAUCAAUGAAGAUAUUUCAGAAAUGAUCAAUGAGGGACUCUAUCAAUAUGAAUCUGGUCUGCGUAGUUCGAGUGGUGUGACACCUAAAGUGGGAUCUGUUGGUAAAGAUCAAUUUGACCAAUUAAAGUCGCGUGAGGCACAACAUCAAGGUCAUCACAAUGGUGAGCAAGUGGGUACACAACUUUCGAGUACCACGAUCCAUGCUAAACCCAUCAAGAACGAUAAAUCCACCCCUCGUUUCUAUGCAGUUCGUCCUGAAUCUUUACCCAGUUCUGCCUUCUUUGGUACGACUCCUACACGCAAGACCAACGAUCAAGGUCAUGUGGGUUGGGUCUUGAGUGAUCAAGCCUAUCAUUACAACCCCAAUGAUUUAUUAUCUACAAGUUACGGUAAGAGUCCUCAUACGACAGGGGAAGGGAUGCUUUCCUCCUCCGUGGAUACUAUGGCACAUUCAUUUGGUAGUUUCCAACACCCCAGUCAUGAUUUAUUGCGUGAUAAGGGAUUUGUUCAACACAAGUAUUACAAGUAUCAUGCUAAGGCUUUAAGAGAGCGUAAGCAAUUGGGUGUGGGUCAUUCUCAAGAAAUGAACACCUUGUUCCGUUUCUGGUCUCAUUUCUUGCGUGAUCAUUUCAACAAGCGUAUGUAUAACGAGUUUAAGCGUUUAGCAGUUGAAGAUGCCAACCAAAACUACAGAUAUGGCUUGGAGUGCCUCUUCCGUUUCUACUCGUAUGGUUUGGAGAAGCGUUAUCGUAAGGAGUUAUUUGAAGAUUUCCAAGAGUUGACUUUAGCAGAUUAUGAACGAGGACAUUUGUAUGGACUUGAAAAGUUCUGGGCUUAUACUUAUUACCGUAAAGAUAAGAAGAAGAGAGAAUUGAAGAUUACGGAUGCUUUGAACGAGUUAUUACAAAAGUAUAAGUCUGUGGAAGAUUUCAGAAAUGCGGAAGCGCCUGUUACAGAAGAAGAGACCACAUACAAGGUGCCUCACCACGGUAAAUCAAGAAAUAGUAUGACUGGUGCUACACCUGUGCCCGCUUAAGAGAGAUCCUUCCCAUAUACAUAUAUAUAAAAAAAAAACAUGCUUACCUACAACAAACAACAACAAAAAAAUUUGAUAGAAACUUUUUUACAUUAUGCAAAAAAAAAAAACAAAAAAAAAAAUACUCACACACAAUCACACAUUUUUC